AUGUCUCGCGUGCUUGGCCAGAGAUGCGCACGGCAAUUGCUCCCCAGAGCUCGAGCGGCCGCCGGACGCCGGACCUAUGCCGCUGCCGCUGCUCCGGCCUUCGACUGGCAGGAUCCGCUCUCGUCCAAGUCACUCCUGACCGAGGAAGAGCAAGCUAUCUCGGAAACAGCUGAGAGGUACUGCCAAGAGCAAUUGGCGCCCCGCGUCCUUCAGGCCUACCGCGACGAGAACUACGACAAGAAAAUACUCGAAGAGAUGGGCGAACUUGGGCUUCUCGGGUCAAGCAUAGAAGGGUACGGGUGCGCCGGAGUGUCCACCGUGGCCGGGGGUUUGAUCACCCGUGCCGUCGAGCGGGUGGACUCGGGGUACCGGUCCGGCAUGAGCGUACAGUCUUCCCUGGUUAUGGGAGGCAUCCAUGAGUUUGGAUCCGAGGAGCUGAAGGAGAAGUACCUUCCUGGCAUGGCCAAAGGCAAGAUUCUCGGCGCGUUCGGUCUGACGGAGCCGAAUCACGGCAGCGAUCCCGGCUCGAUGGAAACGACGGCGAAGCCUCACCCGACGAAGGAGGGAUACUACUCGCUCAGCGGGUCCAAGACGUGGAUCACGAACAGUCCGAUCUCUGAUGUCCUGCUGGUAUGGGCCAAGCUUGCCGAGACGGGUAAGAUCCGGGGGUUCUUGGUAGAUCGGAAAGACUGCCCGGCGGGGACGCUCGAGACGCCUGCCAUCAAGAACAAGAACGGGCUGCGCGCAAGCAUUACGGGAAUGAUCCACCUGGACAACUGCCCCGUUCCGAAAGAACACAUGUUUCCGGAAGUGGAAGGUCUGCGAGGACCCUUCUCAUGCCUCAACAGUGCCAGAUAUGGGAUUGCCCUUGGUGUCAUGGGUGCGCUCGAGGACUGCAUCGACCGGGCACGAACCUACUCCCUCGAGCGGAAGCAGUUCAAGGGCAACCCGCUUGCAAAGUAUCAGCUCGUCCAGAAGAAGCUUGCGGAUGCUGCUACGGAUGCCGCUUACGGUACCCUGGCCGCUAUCCAAGUGGGCAAGCUCAAGGACCAGGGUCUGGCAACACCGGAGAUGAUUAGCAUGGUCAAGCGCCAGAACUGCGAUAGAGCGCUGCACCACGCCCGUGUGUUGCAGGAGAUCUUUGGCGGGAAUGCCGUGAGCGACGAAUAUGGGAUUGGUAGGCACGUGGCCAACCUUUAUGUGACCCAGACGUAUGAGGGCCAGAGCGACAUCCACAGCUUGAUUCUUGGCCGAGCCAUCACUGGCAUUCAGGCGUUCGUAUAG